AUGCUCAAUGGAAUGCGCCAGCAGCCAAACGGCAACCCCUCGCCGCCCAGCUCCGUCGGCCGCUCCAGCGACGGCACCGGCCUGUAUGCCUCGAGCCUCGCGGGCAGCGACGCCGGCAUGAGCACCCGCAAGAUGCAGAGCCUCGAGGACACCAUGGCCGAGCACUUUCGCGUCCUCCGCGUCUACCUGGGGCCCUACCUCAACGACGCCCACGGCAACCCGCGCCCCAGCCGAGCCAAGGACAAACUCACCCGCCUGUCCGCCGUCCAGUUCCAGGAGCUCAGCACCGACGUCUACGACGAGUCGCUGCGCAGGGAGGCCGACCGCAAGCGUGGAGGGCCCGGCGCCCCCGCCAACGACACCCCCAACUUCCUGCUGCCCAAGAACAACUUCCACCCAAAGCGCAACCAGGCGCGCCAGAAGCUGUCCACGCUGCCCCUCGAGCGCUUCCGCCAGCUCGCCACCGACGUCUUCUACGAGCUCGAGCGCCGCUUCCCCCGCUUCACCACCCCCGACCUGGCCCGCUCCGCCAGUCCCGCAGCCAGCGUCGCGAGUCGCAUCAGCAACAGAGGGCCGCCCAGCCGCGCAGGAACACCGAAUGGGAGCAUGGACAGCCGCAUGGACAGCCGCAUGGGCAUGGACAGCCGCAUGGGCAUGGCUGGUCGCCCGCCGCCAGCGCCCGGCUACAGAGCGCCGCCUCCACAAGGAGACCCACGAGGCAUGCAAGCGCCCCCAGGAGCACUGGGGCCAGGGCCGCAGCCCAACGACUUCGGGCGAGCGCUGCCCAAGACUUUUCAGCAAAACACAAUCGUCCCGAACAAGGGCAUCCUGGUGGAAGACGACGACGACAGCGCUGCCGACGACGACGACGACGACGCCUUCAACCUGGAAGGCGCUGCUGCCAGGCGGCAGACCAACAAGAGCGCCAAGAGCGUGAGCAUGGCGCAGGAGAAAAUGGUGGCAGAACUACAGAGCCAGGUCGCAGAGCUCCAGAGCAAGACAAGCGCCCUGGAACGCACGUUACAGCACAGAGACGAGGAGCUGCAGCGGGCAAAGGAGGCGCACAGCACAAAAGACAGCAACAACGCAUCAGAGCGCGCCGACUGGGACCAGCUUCGUUACACGCUGCAAGACAAGGUCGAACAGGCAGAGAGUCUCAACGCCUCUUUACGUUCCGAGCUAGACAGGAUACGCAGCGACCACGAACAAGAGCAGCAGAGCCUGCGAGCGCAGCUUGCCGACCUCGAGUCGAAUCCCCCUCAGCAAGCAUACAACAAUGGCAGCCACGAAUGGAGACAACGAUGCGAAGAGCUCGAGCUCGAGCUGAGCGAGCAACAACAGGUUGCGGACGAGGUCCGAAAAGACGCCUUUACAUCGUUGCAAGAGAUGCGGGAGCUGUCUGCGCGCAGCGAUGCUGCUGUCGAGAAAGAGGAGCGACUCACAAAUCAGGUGGCAUCUCUAGAGGCAGAGCUCAAGGAGUGGAAGUCUCGCUACGCACGAUCGAAGACGCAGUUACGAACCCUCAAAGCCUCCUCGAUCGGCUUGUCAGGCCUCGCAUCGCCCAACAUUGCCAACUACAGCCGCGAUUCUAGCUUGACGACACCGGAUGGAUUGGUCAGGGACGUCCACGUUACCAAUUUCCAACUCAGCAUCGACGAGCUCCUCCAGAAGGCGCGGAGGGUGGAUGCUGAGCAAACCCUGGAAAGCAUGCGCAACGUCGUCCAGUGUGUACGAGCAAUCACUGGGGAAAUCGACAGCACGCCCCUCUCGCAGAUGCAAUCACCCACCAGCAGCGUCAGUAUCGAUCUCACGGCAACUCCAGAGAGGCAGCAAGCCAAGUUGAAGUCGCGUGUCAGCGCCACCGCCAACAACCUCAUCACGGCCACGAAAAAUCACGCCUCUUCGAACGGCCUCUUGCCAGUCAGUCUUCUCGACGCCGCUGCCAGCCAUUUGUCUACUGCUGUAGUCGAGCUUGUUAAGCUAGUCAAGGUCCGAUCGACACCAGACAGCGAGCUGGACCGUGACCAGUCUGACCGCCAAGAAAACAACGACAUGCCGAUGCCGCUCAAACCUACAGUUUUCGGUGGCUACGGCGCCUUUACGCCGAACAGCGUGGGCAAUAAUGCAAGUGAGAACACCAGCAGCAUCAACGCGAACGGAGUUGGUCCCGGCCGUGGACACCAGCGUGGGCUGAGCAGCAAAGGCAGCAACGCGACCGGCUAUAGUGGUUACAGCUCCCCCUACAGCGGGUAUGGUCGUGAAAGCGCCGGCUUGAAUGGCGUCAACAGUCGAGAUGAUGGUGGUAUGACGGAUUUCAAGAACUACCUUGAAGACCAAACGGCUCUGUUGGUGCAAAGCAUCCAGCCACUUGUCAAUCUAAUCCGGUCAAGCCCCACCUCUACACCAGCCGAAGAGCAGCAAAUGUACGACUACAUCCAAGACAUCUCCCGAGCCGUUGACGACACCGGCGACAGGACGUACGAUGCCGUCAAACAGCUGUCCAAUCCUGCUUUACAAAAGCAUGCAAUCCCCGUCAUUCAGGUUCUUGACGACUGCCGACGUGACAUGCUCGACAUCGACAUCAGAAACGGCGGACGCGACAAGGUUCCUCCACUAGCUUUCAAGACUGCUAGAGCUCUCAAGGAACUCGUCCUCCGCGUCGAUCGCAUCGAAUCUGGCGAGCUGACAGUCGAUCAGACUCUCAAGACCGACUUUUAA